UCACGUGCUCCAGAGCCAUGGCGGCCUCCGUGAGGGGCGGGAGCGCGGUCCCGGUGCCCGCCGCAGCCCGAGGCCCUGCACGGCGAGCAGCGCAGCAGAUCCCCGAGGAGAUCCUCGGUAACACAGAGCUGCGGGAGGCGGCGGAGGCCCUGCCCCGAAACUACAACUUUGAAAUCCCCAAGACCAUCUGGCGGAUUCGGCAGGCUCAAGCCAAGAAGGUGGCCCUGCAGAUGCCGGAAGGGCUCCUCAUGUUUGCCUGCACCAUCGCAGACAUCGUUGAGCGGUUCACGGAUGCGGAGGCGGUGGUGAUGGGCGAUGUGACCUACGGUGCAUGCUGCGUGGACGACUACACGGCCCGGGCCCUGGGCGCUGACUUCUUGGUGCACUACGGACACAGCUGCCUGAUUCCCAUUGACGCCACGCAGGGGCUGAAGAUGCUCUAUGUGUUCGUGGACAUAAAGAUCGACACGUCCCAUUUCCUUGAGACCAUUCGCUUCAACUUCACAGCGGGCACUUCCCUGGCCCUCGUCAGCACCAUCCAGUUCGUCUCCACGGUGCAGGCAGCGUCACAGGAGCUGUGCUCCCAGUACAAGGUGUGCGUGCCCCAGUGCAAACCACUGUCCCCAGGGGAGAUCCUGGGCUGCACGUCGCCCCGGCUUGUCCAGGACACAGACGCCAUCGUGUAUUUGGGUGAUGGGCGCUUCCACCUGGAGUCCAUCAUGAUUGCCAACCCGGGGAUACCUGCCUACAGGUACGAUCCCUACAGCAAGGUCUUCUCCCAGGAGCACUACAGCCAUAAGCACAUGCGCCACGCUCGGCAGGACGCCAUCCGCACUGCCACCGGCGCCCGCUGCUGGGGGCUCAUCUUGGGCACGUUGGGUCGCCAGGGCUCCCCCGGCAUCUUGCAGCACCUGGAGUCACGUCUCCGUGCCCUGGGCCGGCCCUUCGUGCGGGUGCUGCUGUCCGAGAUCUUCCCCAGCAAGCUGCGGCUCUUCCCUGACGUGGAUGCGUGGGUGCAGGUAGCCUGUCCCCGCCUCUCCAUCGACUGGGGAGAAGCCUUCAGCAAGCCAUUGCUGACACCCUACGAGGUGAGCACCCAUCUCCCAUUUUGGGGGGACCAGCCCUGGCUUGAGGCGAUGCGCCAGAGCUGCGAGCCACCAGGAUGGCGACGUCCCCUCCUCUCGUCCUCUGUGCACGCCUACAAACCCGAAGAGCCACUAACUCGUGACUCGAGCUCUCUGCAACCAAGCAAACCAAGCAAGAGGCUGGCGAUCCGGCACGGGCUCACCCAAAGCUUCCCUCGCCAGCGGGGCUCGCCAGCUCCGCUCUGGCACUGCCCAAAGGCUGGUGGGAUCCUCGACGGCCCAGCCUCCACAUGA